ACUAGAUUAGAUGUCUCAAUUCUCCCUUUUGUCUUAUUCCUUUUUUCAGUUUUUUCUUCUUUUUUUUUUCAAGUGCGCUUGACCAAAAGAACCAUUAUUGCCAAUUGCUGUUUGUUCCAAUUACGUGCAUAAUGUUGUAGCCACAAGCGUUAGGCUAUAUCAAGUCGGUUAUUACAUGGUAAUAAAUACACCUCACUUUUCGUUUGUACUAACUUACUAACUUUACUUUGCCUAUUUUUACUGCCUCGGAUCUUUAACUUAACUAAAUGCCGUCAGGUCAUUUUCUGUUUGAUGCUCAAGUUGCCUUUGGUGUUUUGAGGUUAAGGCUUCUUGCGCAGCAAUAUAAACAGAAUUAAAUUGAAAGCAGAUGUCGAUUUUCUGCAUCGCAGGUAUUGACCUCAAUCAUUUGACUUUUGGACUAAAAUUUAUUUAGCUGCAUAUAUUUUUAUCAGUUAAACAAACCGCCUAUUUUUAUUGCCGUUAUUCAAAAAAAAGCGAUACAAGGUUUUUGAAAUAGACAAUUUUACAUUAAAUUCCACAUUAAAAUCCAAAAAAUCAUUGUCUGACCCUCUAACGCACUUUGUUAGACCCAGUUAUUACACAUUCAAUACUUCAGGCAAGCUUUCCUUACUUCUUAAAAUCAGUUCAUCGGCACAUAUCUGAAAUGAAUUUGGAAAACUAAACUGAAUACAGUUCUGACGAACAAGCUUUUUCUAUAUUUUCCCUUUAGUUGCUCGGGUUACGUUUGUGUCAGUGCUGUCAAUCUCUGAAAAGUUUUUUUUGUCGAGGAAUUCAAAUCCAAACUUUUUUCCUUUACAGUGUUUUAAUUUGUGCUUCGUCUGCUUUUCUUUGGAUUUGAGUUAACAUAGAAAAAUGUCCCAUCUUAAAUCGUGUUAAUUUUGUUAUUAAAUCUUUUGGGAGGUUCUGCUUUUCUUUUCUCCCAAUACUUUAUGUCGUGGUGGUACGUGUCGCCCCUGGAGAGCUCUUCGGUGAGGAACAUAGCCCGCUACGACCACCACUACGUGCCCCUCUCCCAAGACGGACUCCUCUGCUCACCCGCCUACUUCGACAGACUAGUGGACGAACAGCCUAUCAGAAAGAGAAAUAUCUUCGAAAACUCUGAUGUCAGAAUAACUCCUCAAAUCAUCCCAAGUGACAUUAUUUGUUCACUUUUAUCCAAACAAAACUCCUCCCAGAAACCCAACCAGCAGAAUUCCCGGACAGUGAAAAGUUUCCAAGGAGAUCCAAUAUUCUUGGUCGCUAACAACUCGCAGCCAUUACAACCAUUUCAAACAGUAGAACAGUCGAAUACUAAACAGUUGAAUAGUUUUACGUUAGGCCGUUCGGGUGGCAAACACAAAAACCGAGAUCCGAAUCGGAGUCCGACUCACGAGACGAGGUCGUUGCCUCGAAAUAGUCGUGGACUCAGAAGUGUGAGCAUGAUAAUGACCUCGGAAUUACAUCAAGGUCAAACUGCAGGUUCAACAGUAAAUGAAGGCGUUACGUUUAUUGGAAUGAAUCAACAGGAGUCCGAACCUAGGGCAGAAGGCUUGGUUUUGGUGGAUCAAAGUGGGGCAGUUUCUUUUCCCAAAGUUCAUCUGGGUUCUUUGAAAUUUGAGGGUGAAGAUAAAACAGAUGAUUCAAAAGGAACAGGUGUCAAUCAGCAAACUCGGCCUUCAUUUGAGUGCGACCAUGGCAUCAAUGAUCCCACAUCUCACGCCUCUACUGCAGAAACUACAAGAUCAGCGGGAGCUACAAAUGGACCCACGUUCGAUGAGUCACGAGAUGCAGAUGACGAGGCAUCCUCCGGGAAGACCUCUAACUCGGAGAGUGACGAAUUCCUCCGGAAGAUAUCUGGAUUGGCUGAAGACGCUCCGAUCCACCACGCGAAUCUGUUCCGGCGUCCCAUUGAGGACUUCGGACUUGAACUGGACACCUCUCUGGGUCACAAACUGCUCAUCCGCAGAGUGGAGAGUGGGUCGAAUGCAUUCGUGGAGGGACUGGCGAAAGGAGACCAGAUACUGGCUCUGAACAGCAAGACUGUGGGCGACAGAGAGUGCGAUAUGGACUUCCAGCAGGCCAUAAAGCUCAUCAGAAACAGUCUCUCCGUGCACAUGAUAGUGGCCAAAUGUGUGGACAGUUACCACAAGAUGCCCUGCAGGAGGUUGACAGUUGAGUUGAGACAGCAGAGCAGCCAGAAUAACAGCUACAGUGGACUGGGACUGAGCAUCGGCAAGAACAACGAGAACAAAUUAGUCAUCAAAGGUAUCAACACUGGAGGCGUCGCCUUCAAAGACGGAAGAUUGAAGAAAGGAGACCAAAUUGUGAAGAUCAGUGGAGUAUUCACGCAUGGUUUGUCCACAGACGAGGUGGGAAAACUUCUCAAAAACUCAGGAAAAGUUGUCAAGCUAGAGGUGCUUCAACCGGAUCCUAACGGUGAAAAUUUAGUGACAGUUGGUUUGAAGAGAAGCUCAAAAUUAGGUUUAGGUCUGGGAGUCGCGAUUUACACUUCGAAACUAAACGAAACAAGCACACUGAUUCGGAAUGUUCUGCCCCAAUCCCCGGCCGACAAAAAUCCGAAACUUUCACUGGAUGAUGAAAUAGUUUCCAUAAAUGGAAGGGAAACUAGCUCAAUGAAUUCCAGCGAAAUACUCGAUAUGCUGAAAAAUAAAGCAAUAUCGCACUAUUCGAUACAAAUUCGACCGAAGAACAAAGAAACAAACAUUGUCGAGUCACAGAAGCCCAAAAAGUUGCCUCAAGUGGACGAAGUUUGCUGCAAGACUCCAUUCUUCAUGCCGAACAAACGAAGCAAAUCAAUCUGCGAGCCUUAAAGUUUUCAACUUCAGAAGUUUCUUCAUGCAUUAGACGAUUCGGUGCUCAAUUCAAUUAGACGUGUUUUAUAGCUGCAAAUAUCGAAGAAGUUCGAAAAACUGCGUAAUUAUGGACGAUAAGUUUUCGACAUUGUUGUG